UUAUGCAUUUAUUAAGUGCUACCGAGUGAUUUUGGUUGCUAACAAUGAUAUGUCAUGAAAUAAUUGCAGGUUUCGGAGAGCAAGCCCAAGGUGGAGGAUGGGAUUUUUGGGACCUCGGGAGGAAUUGGGUUCUCUAAGCAAAAUGAACUCUUUGUUGGCCGUGUGGCUAUGAUCGGUUUCGCGGCAUCUUUGUUGGGGGAAGCACUAACAGGAAAGGGGAUUUUGGCACAACUGAACUUGGAAACUGGGAUUCCCAUUUAUGAGGCAGAGCCACUCUUGUUGUUCUUCAUACUCUUCAAUCUGUUGGGAGCCAUUGGAGCUUUGGGAGACAGAGGCAAGUUCGUGGACGAUCCCGAACCGCCCACUGGGCUCGACCGGGCCGUUAUCCCGCCCGGAAAAGGGUUCAGGUCAGCUUUUGGGCUCAAAGAAAGAGGACCUCUGUUUGGAUUCACAAAAGCAAACGAGCUGUUUGUUGGGAGAUUGGCUCAACUGGGGAUUGCGUUUUCCAUAAUCGGAGAGAUAACGACGGGGAAAGGGGCGCUUGCUCAACUCAACAUUGAGACUGGGGUGCCCCUCAAUGAAAUCGAGCCGUUGAUCUUGUUUAAUGUUAUCUUCUUCUUCUUUGCAGCCAUUAAUCCAGGCACUGGGAAGUUUGUCACAGAUGAUGAAGAACAAGAUUAGUUCUCUUUUUUUUGUUGCUGCUCUGCACCAUAUUUGGGUGUGUAAUUAAUGGUAUAGUUGAUCUGAAAGUGGGCCACGAUUUGGACUCCUGUUUAUUUUAUCAGAGUAGUUACUUGGAAAAAAUGUUUCCUUUUAUCUUGGAAAAUUGCCUUCUUCAUCAAAUAUGAGUUUUGAUAUCUUCUCAACUGAUAUCGAAACCUCCUUUUCUCCUUGCUCUUUUUGGUGAAGUCUAAACAAGAAAUUUGAUGUCUCCGG